CAGAUGGCACCCAUAGUGCAUUGCGCGAUAGAACCCGGGAGAUGCGAAUCAAGAUGGCGCCGGGUCGUGGAACUGGAAGGGUCAACUCGGGAAAAACUCGUCCUUCACGGUUAUUAAACGUCAGUUUUAGGAGUGCAUUCAGUUCAUACGUUGAAACAACCAAGGACAAGCUUCAUCUGACAACUCAAGAAACACCGGACGAUGGACUUCAGGACCCACAAAGCCUCGGUCCUCUUGUGUAUUUCUGUCCUUUGCUGCGGCACAGGGGCCAUCGGGAUAAUUACUGGACAGCAAGCAGCCUAUUUGAAAGUCCGGAUGGCAGAAGUAAAGACAAAGAUUGACGGAGUGAAGUCCCGGGUAGGGAACGUCCGGGAGUCGGUCAUCUCUUUAGUGCAGAAUCGUCUGCCGACUGUGGCUACCUUUUCUGCUGGUUCCUGUCCAGACCCCCCAGUCAUCACCGGAGCCAGUAUCUUCGGUUGCAGCACCCCCUAUGAGGAGUCCGAAGUCUGCAUCUACACCUGCAGCAGGGGGUAUGUUCAGGAGGGGGGCACCCGGAGCCGCGCCUGUAGGGGAGAGAGCUGGGAAGGCUCGGAUCUCGUCUGCACCGAACAAACUUUAGGUUCCUGCCCAGACCCCCGGAACAUCACCGGAGCCAGUAUCACCGGCUGUAGCGCCCCCUAUGAGGAGUCCGAAGUCUGCAUCUACAGUUGCGACAGGGGGCAUGUUCAGGAGGGGGGCAACUGGACCCGAGCCUGUAGGGGAGGGAGCUGGGAAGGCUCGGAUCUCAUCUGCAGUGAACAAACUAUGCAUUAA